UUGGCGUGGGUUUGGAUUGAUUUUGAAUCUUGGGUGAUUCAAUGAUGGUUUCAUUUCUUGACGGAAAUUGAUUUGGAUGGUGGAUUUGAGAGACGCAGAUGGAAAGGGGGCGGAUGAACGGAAAUGGGAUUUGUGAUUAUAGUUACGAGGGCAAUGGUUUUCAUGCGUUAGAUCUUGUGGAUGUCUAUGGAGGAGAGAGCACGCCGAAUGGAAGAAGCUCUGGGAAGACCUCGCAGGGUUCAUCUCCUACUAGUUGCAUCCUGCAUCCAGUAUCGAAAUUAGAUACUCUUGCUGGAGUUGCAAUCAAAUACGGUGUCGAGGUUGCAGAUAUAAGGAAGAUGAAUGGGCUAGUCACAGAUUUUCAAAUGUUUGCUCUUAAAUCUCUCCAGAUUCCUCUUCCUGGAAGGCAUCCUCCUUCUCCUUGCUUACUGGAAGAGCUAAGUACACCAGGACAAAGCAGCUCCGAAAGGACUCCAAGUGCACGUCUUUCAUCGGAUUUCUUUGAAUCAUUCCAAUCCCUCAAACUGAAGUCUUCCGAACAAAGGAUCUCCUCAGCCAUGAGCUCUUUACAAGGUUACUAUGGCCUCAAACCAUCUGACCAGAGGAGCAGAAUCAAUGGUUUCGACACGGCAGUCUACAGUGAAGGAGCCUCUCAUGAUUCAGAAGACAUGCUUGUUUCUGGGACCUCACAGGAUUUGGAUUUACUAAUGCCUCACCAUCGAAAAUCCAGGAGUUCAGUGAAUGGAUUUCUGGGUGAGAAAGUAGAGGUGGCUGAUCUGCAAUCUGCAGAAGCUGGCGGCGAUGGGGAUCCCAAAUGGAAUGACAAAUUGGUAAGAAGGCGCCAGAAAUCUGUAGCUGACUUUUCCCAUUCCCCUGAAAUGCUCUUGAAAGAUGACAACAGCAGUGGAAGUAACGGGUUCUCAUCCUCGGCUGGAAAGGGCCUUUUGGCUCAAAGACCCAAAACAUCUAGCAGAACUAAUUUGGCAAGUGACAAUGCGGUUGGAUUGAUUCCAAUUCCAAUAGGUUUGGGGGAUUCAUAUGUGGCCGUUGAUGGGUUUGCUGGGGUAAGAAAGUCAUUGAGCACAUCCAGUUUGCCGGAUCCGGAGAAUGGCAACACUUCAUCAAUUUGGUCUGCUUCAAAGUGGAGUUUGAAACCGGAUUUACAGGCAAUUUCAACUGCUUCAGGCUUGCCAAAACCUUUGACGGGUCGAAGAAACAAAGCUGCACUCGAUUAGUUCCAUCUGGUUAAAAGGGAAAAAAAAGGGAUAAAUUUUCUACCCACUUUUGCUCCAUAAUUUAUCAGGUUUUUUUGAUGCUGCCUUUUAUAGUUCAAGAAAGAAUACAACUAUGAAGAAAUUAAAGAAGUCAAAUAACAGGUCUGUUUUCGCCUUUCAUCUUUGAAUUAUAGUUUUCAUAAAGGAGGUUGAGGUUGUUUUGGUUACAAUGAAUUGGUGAAAUGAGUACGGUAGAAUUUGUUUUUGUAAGCAAAUGUGUAUAUUAGUUUAUUAAGGUCAACUCCGUUGAAAAGUGAAACAAAAAGCAUUUCUUUUUUCAAUAAAGUGAUGUUGAUAUUUACUUCCUUUUUCUUA